GAAUAAUCAAUUGACACUUUUCACUGAUUGAUCGCUGUGCUGGGUAAGGCCAGGAACCGAACCAUACUUUCAACGACGAAACUCAACUGACUCUUCGCGCCCGAGGUUUUUCGAACCGCUGGAUUUCAGAUAUAUUAGACCGACCACCCUGCCCCAUAUUCACAAAAAUAACCCCUUCCCCCCUCCUAGCAUCGCAACUUCUCAAUCUCCAACAUCAACCUGUGGUUUGAACCACUACCCUACGUUCCAUCUGAUCGGCCUUUUGCCUAUAGAGCGUCCAGAUCGAAUCCAGAUCGAACCAUCGGUACCAUAUCAUAGUACCUUUCCAACCAGUACCAUCCCAACAACAUCCAGCCCCAUCUAUCAACAUCCAAUCAAUAUCAUCAACAUCAUAUCAACAUCAUCAACAUCAUCGAUAUGUUCUCUCAGCAAGCAACCUACUACCAGCAGGCUGCAGCCGCAAUGCCAAUGGCAACAUCUGCAGCCGGAUCGGCAACCGUUGCUAUGCCUCAUCACUUCCGCAAGGAAGAUGUCUUCCUGAACAUUCGCCAAGAACCCAGGGAGGCAUUGAUGACCACUGCUGGAAAGGAGAAGGCACGAAAGCCAGUGGAUCCACCGCCCAUCAUACAACUCACCAUCAAAGAACAGACAGAUCCACCCCGCCACUACCUUCAAAGCCCAUAUCUGUUCAUGUGCGCAAGCUUAUGGGAAGCAGAAAGGGAUCAAGCAUACGACACCGCGACCAGCUCGCUAUCAGGCUCACUGGUCUCUUCAUUGCAUCGUCUCAAGGAUACGGACAAUAAGGACGGUGCAUUCUUCGUGUUUGGUGACAUCUCCGUCAAGGUCCAAGGCAAUUUUCGCUUGCAUUUCAGUCUCUUCGAUUUGCAUAAAGAGACCCACGAGGUGCAAUACCUUGGCUCAAUCACUUCCGAACCGUUCAAGGUACUGCUUCAGAAGGACUUCAAAGGCAUGGACGAGUCAACCUAUCUGUCUCGUGCGUUCUCUGAUCAGGGUGUACGGUUAAGGCUUCGGAAAGAGCCCAGAGCUACCAUGGGCAAUAAGCGAAGCUUUGCAUAUGCUAUGGGCACGCCACCCUCAAAUCCUCCCAUUCAACCUAAUCACUAUGGUGGUUACGACGACCAUGUGAGCAAAAGGCAUCGCAUCGGGGAUCAGAACGACUACGCCAAUGCAUUUCCAACAAGCAAUGGAUUCCCCACAAGCAAUACAUUUGCUACAACCAGUGGAUUUCCCACGACCAAUGCAUAUGCCACAACCAGUGGAUUUCCCACGGCCAAUGCAUAUGCUACAACCAGUGGAUUUCCCACUACCAAUGCAUAUGUAACAACCGGUGCAUUUCCCACGACCAAUGCAUAUGCUACAAGCUACCCGGCACAGACUCCAAGCCUGCCUGCGCCUUACAACAUGCGUCAAUCCUAUCCAAACUAUGUCGCUAUGGCUGGAUCACCAUAUCAGUUCCGCCAGAACAUAAGCUCAAACGAUGCGCUUCUUCAGGCUUCUGCCAGUAUGAGUCUUUCUAGUGCGCUGACUAGUGCGCUCACUGAGUCCAUCAUCCCAGACCCAUUGCAAACACCACCGCAGCAAUCACAGCAACAACACCAGCAACACCCACAGCAAGGGUUUUCGAACAUGUACACAGCAUACAAUUACUCAUGACGUGGCGCAACGUCAUCCACUGAGGCUGAGAAUGAACAGUCUCAGGUCGCGUCUUUCGAGGAAACCAGACCUUUCGCAGCGUCUAGUCCUUGACCUCUGAUCAGCUGCAGGGCUUUUGCGGUGG